AUGGCAACAUAUGCAAAACGACGUAAUGGUAAUGGUGGUGGCAAUACAUUCAAACGAGCUCGAUUGUCAACAUCAAAUAGCAACAACAACAACAACAACAACAACAACAACAACAACUCUUCAACAUCCACAUCCACAUUAUUGUCACCUAUAUCCAAAAGAUCCAUUACUAAAUCAAUUAACAAUAAAAUAAAUAAUAACAAGAAUGGUCAAGGACAACUAUAUGAUGAUUUUUUGGAAAUUUAUAAUUUUCAGACAGAUACAAAAUCAAAUGAAGAUAAAAGUACGAAUAGUCAAUUAGAUUUAUUUGAAAUGCCAGACAUUGAUGGUGAUAAGUCAAUAUCAAGGCCAAAGAAGAUAAGUGAUGAUAGUAUUACUGGUGCUUAUAAAAAGAAAGUAACAUACAAUAGGCUGAAUAAACUGAAAUCAAAAUCAAACUCAAACUCAAACUCAAACUCAAACUCAAACUCAAACUCAAACUCAAACUCAAACUCAAACUCAAACUCCAAACCAAAACCAAAACCAAGACCAAAACCAAAACCAAAACCAGUAUCAAAAAAUAUACUGAAAAUCAAUCAAACUUCUAAUAUUAAUCCAUGGAAUGAAUUAUUAGAUAAUAUAGAAGAAUCAACUGUAUAUCUACCCAAAAUAUCUUUAAUUGAUGAUGAAAAUGAAUCAGAUGAGAAUGAUCAAGUUCAAAUAGGUGUCAAUAAAGCUCAAGAAGGAGGAGAAACAAUUACAACAACUAGUAUUAUAAAUUUACCUAUAUUAUUAAAUUUUGAUAAUGAAGGAGAAGAUGAAGAAGAAGAAGAAGAAGAAAAUCUACAACAACAAUUAAUUCAAUCAAGAUCUUUAUCAACAUCACCUUCAAAUUCAAAUUCAAAUUCAAAUUCACUGAAACCGAAUAAAACAUAUGCACAAGAUCGAAGUUAUUUAAUUCUUGAUCAAUCAUAUAUUGAUGUAAAACAAGAAUUAGGUGAAUCUAUAAGUCGAAAACAUGAUUUUGAUAACAAUAAUAAUGAUAACACAGAGGAGGAGGAGGAAAAAGAAAAAGAAGAUAUCAAUAAUAAUAAACUUUUGUCCUCUUCUUCUUCUUCUGGUGGUGGUAGAGUGAUAAAUGUUCAUGAUUUUAAAAUCAAAUCAGAAUUUAAAAUUAAUCCAAUAUUACAAGAUAUAAUUGAUGGAUUAUUAUCAAAUUCAUUUAAUUUACAAUUAUCUUCAUUAUUAGAAAUAAUAUCGAAAAAGAAAAAAUUAUCCAUUUCAACAGAUACAACAGAUAUGACAGAUAUGACAGAUAUGAGAAAAGGUAUUAUUGAUAUAAUAAUUCAAUAUGUAUUACCAUUGAUUGAUUCUAAUAAUAAAUUGAUUAAUUGGUUAUCUUCAAAAAUAAUAUUUGAUAUUUGGAAAUCAACAACAAUCAAAUUAAAAGAAGUGGAAGUGAAAGUGGAAGAGAAAGAGGAAAAAAGGAUAUCAUUUAGAGACACAUUUGUUAAUUCUAUACAAAAUAGAUUAAAUGAUAUUGAAAAGAAUUUAAAUUUGGAGGAGGAAAAUAUUGAUGAAUUGAAAAUCAUAAUUAAUCAAAUCCCCAAAAUUUAUCGAUCAAUGAUCAAUGAGUUAUUAGAAUAA